CGCCCCGUCUCCGCGCGCCGGAAGCCCGCCCCGGAGGAGACGCCAGCCAAUCAAAGGACCGCCUGCUCCGCUGCUGACCUCUGCCCUGCGGCCGCGAGGGCGCGCGGGAAAUCCCGUGCGCGUCUGGAAUUCGCUGGGCUGCUAAGAUCAUGGCCACGUCCUCGGUGUCCAAGGGCUGCUUUGUUUUUAAGCCAAACUGUAAGAAGAGAAGGAUCUCUGUGCCAGUAGAGAACUAUUUUAAUAAAGGGGGAAAUGCAUCUGAGGACAGUAAGCUUCGAUUUGAAACUUAUCAGUUGAUAUGGCAACAGAUGAAAUCUGAAACUGAGCGGCUACAAGAUGAAUUAAAUAAAAACCUGUUUGACAAUUUAAUUGAUUUUCUGUGCAAGUCUUAUUGUGGAGUCCAGAAGAAUUCAAGAGACUUAGGCUGUCAAAUAAAACUCAGAGAAAUUCCAACUGCUGCUCUUAUUCUUGGUGUAAAUGUCACAGAUCAUGAUUUAACAUUGAGAAGUCUAAUAGAGGCUCUUCGGGAUAAUGUUACACCAUAUGUAGUCUCAUUGCAAGCUAAAGAUGGUCCAGAUAUGAAGCACUUUUUACAAAAGUUGUUCUCACAGUUGGUGGACUGCUAUACAGUUGUAAAAUCCAAAGAGAAGGAAAGUGUUCAGGUCACCCAGAAAAAGACAUAUUGUUCAAUGGAUUCACUUUGCAGUUGGUAUAAGACUGUCACACAGAAGAGAGACCCAGAAAUGCCGCGCAAAAAGAGGACCGCUACUAGCCAAUGGCAGUAUCCUCCUGUUGUGCUUGUCUUAAAGGAUAUGGAAAGCUUCACCACGAGAGUACUCCAGGACUUCAUAGUUAUCAGCAGUCAACAUCUGCAUGAAUUUCCACUAAUACUCAUUUUUGGAAUUGCCACAUCUCCUAUUAUCAUCCACCGGUUGCUUCCUCAUGCAGUAUCAUCCUUAUUAUGUAUAGAACUGUUCCAAUCUUUGUCUUGCAAGGAGCACCUGACUACAGUACUCGAUAAGCUACUUCUUACAACUCAGUUUCCCUUUAAAAUAAGUGAAAAAGUGUUACAGGUUCUGACCAAUAUCUUUUUGUAUCAUGACUUCUCAAUUCAAAACUUUAUAAAAGGACUUCAGCUCUCUCUAUUGGAACAUUUCUUUUCCCAGCCCUUAAGUGUCCUAUGCUGUAAUCUCCCAGAAGCCAAAAGAAGAAUACAUUUUUUAUCAGUUAAUCAAUGUGAAAACAUCCGACGUCUUCCAUCAUUUAGGAGGUACGUGGACAAUCAAGCUUCAGAAAAGCAAGUUGCACUAUUGACUAAUGAGAGAUUUUUGAAGGAGGAAACACAAUCAUUAUUAGAAAACCUACACAUUUACCAUAUGAAUUACUUCCUUGUUUUGAGAUGUCUUCAUAAGUUCACUUCUUCUCUUCCCAAGUACCCUCUGGGUCGACAGAUCAGAGAACUGUACUGCAUGUGUUUAGAAAAGAAUAUAUGGGAUUCAGAGGAGUAUGCUUCGGCUCUGCAGCUAUUGAGAAUGUUGGCAAAAGAUGAACUGAUGACCAUACUUCAGAAUUGUAUCAACAUUUUUAAGUCUUCUGAAAAGUACCUUGGCAGUACAGCAAAGAGAAUAGAAGAGUUCCUGGCCCAGUUUCAGAGCCUCGAUGCAGAUGCCAGAGAGGAAGAAGAUGCUUCAGGAUCAGAGCCGAGGGGGCUUCAAAAGACAGACCUCUAUCAUCUUCAGAAGUCUUUAUUAGAAAUGAAGGAGUUAAGAACAAGAAGUAAGAAGCAAUCCAAGUUUGAAAUACUCAGAGAAAAAGUUGUGAACUUCAUUGACUGUCUAGUGAGAGAGUACCUUCCACCUCCAGAGACGCAGCCGCUCCACGAGGCCUUGUACUUCAGUGCUGCCCAAACCCUCCGUGAGCACCUGAAUGCCGCUCCACGCAUCGCCCUCCAUACUGCACUCAACAACCCUUACUAUUACCUAAAGAAUGAAGCACUGAAAAGCGAAGAAGGCUGCAUUCCAAAUACCGCCCCAGACAUCUGCAUCGCCUAUAAGCUACACUUGGAGUGUGGCAGGCUGAUCAACCUUGUGGACUGGUCAGAGGCUUUCGCAACAGUUGUGACAGCUGCUGAAAAAAUGGAUGCAAAUUCUACAAUCUCAGAAGAAAUGAAUGAAAUUAUCCAUGCUCGGUUUAUUAGAGCUGUUUCUGAACUAGAGCUUCUAGGAUUUAUAAAACCUACCAAACGGAAGACUGACCACGUGGCCAGGCUAACGUGGGGAGGCUGCUGAAAAGCAGAUGAGGAAGCCAGAGCUGUCUCACUCACCUCAGAAGGGGGGGAGCGGUCACAUCUAUCUAUACACCACUAGAGGAGGCUAUUUCUGUGAGGAGAGAAAUGUGUAAUCCCCAUGUGAGACUCAAGAAAGUAUGCUGCUCAUUCCAAACAGGUGUAUGUCAAAACAUAUUUAGAGUACCUCUCAAACAUUGUUGAUUUCUUUCACAAAGUUAUUAUUCGUAAGUCAUUUUUAAACAUACAGUGUACAAAUAUAAUAAAUUCCUUUACCCAGUAGUAUAAAUUAUUUGCAGUUGGUUUAGCCAUACUCAUUCCUCCUCCCCAGUUUCUUGCACUGAUACUCUUUUUAGUGUAUUGUACAGUAACUAAUGUGAAUAUUCUACAGGUAUGUAUCUCCUGGUGACUACACAGCUUCUAAAACUGCCUCUGCCUCCUGAUUUCCUUUAGUCUUACAACUUUGAAAAGGUCCAAAGUUAUUAAGCUUUAUACUUAAAGGUAGUAAAUAUUCUACUUAUGGAUGACCCAAAAUAAUCUUAGAGCCAGUCAGGCCUCUCCAAGUCUCAUCCCAAACUUGUAAAAUUCAGAUGAGGAAAGGAAGGCCAAGAUGAAAUGACACCUGGAUCUCUUCCAUGGCAAGAACUCAUGACCUAAUGGAACAGUUACACAAAGCUCAUUAUCUAAUGUUCUUUUCCCAAGAGAACUUUGGGAUUUAUCUAUAUAUUUAAAGCUCCUCAUUAACAUCCCCAAAUUAGCAAAUGUGGAAAAAAAUCCAUGUUCAAAAACAACUGUUCUGAUUGGAAAUCCUUGGUGGGAGAGAGAGUGUGUAUAUAUGCAUG